UUUUCCAUACGAAUUAUAGCGAGUUUUGUUCACUAAACUCGUGACACUUUUAGGUCACACAUCUCCAUUAUGUCGUGUUUGUGUGUUGGAUUAGUGAAGUAUGGAGUGCUUAGACGCACAAUACCGCGUAGGAGGAAGAUGGACCUAAACAUGUUUAACCAAAUCGCACAGAUAAACGAUCACCUCUACCUCAGCAGCGCCGGCGCUAUCAAAUCAGACCGGCUGCGAACAUUGGGGAUCACACAUGUCGUAAACUGUACCAUGGAGAUUCCUAAUCUGAGAAUUCCAAAUCUUGAGUGUAUCCAAAUUCAAGUUGAAGACACGCCAAGUGCGAGACUUGGUGCGUAUUUUGACCGGUGUUCGGAUAGAAUUCACCAAGUUCACAAAGGCGGUGGAAAAACUCUAGUUCACUGUGUCGCAGGCGUUAGCCGGUCUGCUAGUCUAUGUAUGGCGUAUCUUAUGAAAUACCAAAGAAUGCCUCUUGACCAGGCGUAUUACCACGUCAAAAAACGCCGUCCAGUGAUUCGUCCGAAUGUCGGAUUCUGGCGACAGAUGAUCGAGUUUGAACGUCGGCUUUUCGGUCGGAAUACUGUGAAGAUGAUCCCGUCGGGGAUCGGGCCGAUCCCGGAAGUUUACAAAGAGGAGGCAAAGAACAUGUGUCCAGAUAUACAGGCUUUAAACAUCAUCAAAGUACGGUUAUUGACGGGAAGCGGAGAGUACCACCAGCUCACCGACUGAAAUCGUCCAAUCAGCAUCGAGAGAAAAGCCCCUUAAAAGCUAAAGCUGAUUAUAAAGACCCGUUAAAAGAUAAAGCUGGUUAUAAAGACUCGUUAAAAGAUAAAGCUGAUUAUAAAGACCCGUUAAAAGAUAAAGCUGUGUAUGAAAAGCUCUUAAAAGUUAAGGCUGAGUAUAAAGACCCAUUAAAAGUCAAAGUUAAAUAUGAGGAUGAAUACUGUUGCAGGGUGUGUUAGAAUUUAAAAUGGUUGUCUAAAGUUAAUGUGUGUACCAUUUAUGACAUGAUGGGCUGAUUGUUUAGUUAACUUUGUCAAAGUUAACAACUUUGUUAACAUCAUCACUGUUAACUUUCAAAUUUUCAUUCUCUGUAGCUAUGAUGGACUCUUUGUAGUUUGAAGUAUUUCUUACACAUGUUGAGAUACCUAUUCAAGCUGAAAAGAGCUUGUGACAAACUUGUUCACCUUUAAAAGUUAACAACCUUGAUAACUUUAACAAGGUUCUGGACAAUCGACCCAUUGGUAUGGUGGGUCGAAGUUAUCGUGUGAAAAUCGCAUAUGAAAAUAUUUGAUCAUAUGUAUAAUUUAAAGGAAUAUAUAGAAAAAUAACUAACUACAUUGUAUAUUCAAUUGUGUGAUGUUUGCUUUUGCAAUAAAGUUGUCGAUUUUCGCAAACUUUUAGCCACUGAGUAAGACAAUGGAUUGACUCUCUCAAGUGUACAACAUUUAGUAUACAGCAAGAUUGGUUAAUGUGGUUGUUCUGGUGUGAUUUUUUUUCAUUAUAAAUGGUGUGAUUUUUAUCUUUCUAUAGAAAAUACCACACCAGUCUGGGUAAAGGUGAGCGCUUUAGGGCCAUACUGGUACACUUGGAAAAACAUAAAAUCAUAUUUAAGAUACCCUGACACAUAAACCAAAUUUAGAAAUGCAUUAACACUGACACAACAUGCCUUUAAUUUAUUUCCCAUUUGAGGCAGUUUGGAUUACGGUUUCAACACUUGGAAUUCAGCAAAUUGAUUCACUCAAAGUUUUCUCAAUGGUUCUGCAUUUCUAGUUCUGACUUAACUAUCAGGGUAAAUAAUUUAUUUUAGGAGUUUCCAAGAGUACAAUUAAGGCCCAAAAUCGCCCACCUAUCCUCAAACUAAAAUUCUCUAUCAAGAAUAUUUACUUAUAAAAUCAUAUAAAAGAAACUUCAUCAGUCAAUUUGAUAUACAAUAUAUAUAUUUAUAGUCAAAGACCAAGCGUGCUUUGGAAUAUAUAUAGGCGAAAAUUUGAAUAAUACUCAAUUAUCCUUAGUCUAGGAAUAAGUGCAUACAUUUAUUCAAAUUAUCUGCUAAUUGUACUUGUAUGGAAAUGACAUUACAUAAUUAUGCAUGAUUCACGUCCUCUGUUAAAUGCCAAGAACUGUUGAGUGUCACUGAGGUGCCAUAUUAGACUACACAGAUAACAAUAGCCUGGAAUACUAUCAAUGGAAAUCUCAUUCUGCCUAAAAAUGCACAGUAUCGUACACUUGCAUUGUCUGUGAUAAUUUGUUCACGGAAUAUAACAGAACUGAAGAUAAUUUAAUUCGCCUAAAGCAUAAACAAUUAAACAUGUUCAAAAACAUACCUGGUAAACAUAUGCAGGACAGCAAUGUGACACAUUGGACCUUUUGUUCAGAACUUUGCUAAAGGUACAUUAACAGCUUGAUUAACGACAUCAUAAUCUUUAUAUAAAAUGAAAUAUUUUAUGAUGUGUUCAUAUAUUUCAAUAAAACAACAAAGUACAGUUGAAACAGUUGUCUCAAAAUUUGUUAGAUUUACUGCAUAUCACUCAGUGUUCCAUUAAACUUCCAGAGCAGUUACAAAUGAUGACGUAAACAAUAUUGUUAACUUUAAAGCUGCACUCUCAAAGAUUGAAUGUUUUGACAACUUUUUUUUGUCCUGGAACGAGCCAAUUUUUGCGAAAAUCCAUGGAAACAAGCUAAAUAAGACCACUGACCAAAAAAUAGAUCGCAGAUUUUUAUAUUUAAGUUCAAUUGUUUUAUGCAUUUUUCGUAAAGCGUUAGUAACGGUUAAGGCCAUAAAACAUUAAUUUUUGAACAGAAAUAUGAAAAUCUACAAUCUGUUUUUGUUUUUUGUCAGCAAUCUUAUAUCAUUAUUUCCAAGACAAAAAAUAAAACAGUUGUAAAAAUGGUAAAUCUGUGAGAAUGCAGCUUUCACAAUGUUGUUAACUUUAACAAAGUUCUGAACAAUCAGCCCAUUUUUAGACAAAAUGUUUUGCCAUGAGAAAAGAAGAUUUAGAAGAUGUACAGGAUUGCAUAUGUAUUAAUUUCUUAUUAAAUUGUGUUAAUGUUUUUCUGUGGCAAUAUGAACUGAUUUAUAUUAUUUAUGUUAUAUUAUGUGAACAUUGUACUCAAAUACAUGUACUUGUUAAUAAGUGGAAACCACAGAGAUCGAAAAUUUGUGAAAAGUGUGGUCAAAGUGCCAUACUCUGAAUUUUAAGUCUGCGGCCAUCUUUAAAGGGACUCGCUCAUAUUUUGUAAAAUGCACGAAAUAAAGUGUGGCAAAUCAUUAGGAUUGUUAAACAAAAAUACUGACUGCUCAAAUAAUAUCUUUGAAGAUAACAACUUUAAAUAGUGUAAGAAACGCUUUUCAAAAAAAGGCUUAAAGGUUAAAUUAUCCCUAAGUGUAUGUAAGAGUCUUCAUGGGUGAUUGGUUUCAACAAAAAGGCUUAAAGGUCAAAUAUAUCCCUAAGUGUAUGUAAGAGUCCUCGUGGGUGAGUGGUUUCAACAAAAGACUUAAAGGUUAAAUUAUCCCUAAGUGUAUGUAAGAGUCCUCGUGGGUGAGUGGUUUCAACAAAAGACUUAAAGGUUAAAUUAUCCCUAAGUGUAUGUAAGAGUCCUCGUGGGUGAGUGGUUUCAACAAAAGACUUAAAGGUUAAAUUAUCCCUAAGUGUAUGUAAGAGUCCUCGUGAGUGAGUGGUUUCAACAAAAGGCUAAAAGGUUAAAUUAUCCCUAAGUGUAUGUAAGAGUCCUCGUGGGUGAGUAGUUUCAACAAAAGGCUUAAAGGUUGAAUUAUCCCUAAGUGUAUGUAAGAGUCCUCGUGGGUGAGUGGUUUCAACAAAAGGCUUAAAGGUUAAAUUAUCCCUAAGUGUAUGUAAGAGUCCUCGUGGGUGAGUGGUUUCAACAAAAGGCUUAAAGGUUAAAUUAUCCCUAAGUGUAUGUAAGAGUCUUUAUGGGUGAGUGGUUUCAACAAAAGGCUUAAAGGUUAAAUAAUUCCUUCCUGACUGGACCGGCAUGG